GUUGGCCAUUCCUUCCAACCGUAAACGGAAAAUAGAGAUGGACUUCUCUGAUUUCAUCGCCAACCAAACGGACGCCUCCUUAAUGUUUGCAAAGCACGUCUUCUUCGACGUGGUCAAAGGAGAUGGCAACUUUGUUGUGUCUCCCCUCUCCAUUAACAUCUUGUUGGGUAUGGCCGCCGCCGGCGGCUCUACCGGCGAAACACGCCACAGCCUUCUCUCCUUCCUCGAGUCCGAUUCCACCACCGAUUUCGAUGCUUUUGCCUUCCACGUCCUCACCAAUACUCUUGCUGACGCCAGUCAUCUCGGCGGCCCCAGUCUGUCGGUGGCUAACGGCGUUUGGAUGGAGCAAACUCUUUCUUUUAAGCCCUCUUAUAAAGAUAUCUUGGAAAGGUCUUAUGACGCUGUUUCUCAAUCUGUUGACUUCCGUACAAGCCUUUGCAUUAUUCUCACACUAGAUGCUAUGGACGCCACCGACUGUACCUGAGAUCUUAAAGCGUCGUUCUCGCCUUGGAGUAAAGCCACCC